AUGUCGUCGAUACAAAUCACUCCUGUCGCUCGCUCAGCCAAUUCGCGUCGCAACAUUGGUGCUGUCGCCACUAACCUCGACGUCAACAAGUUGAGUGAAGAAGAUUGGAAAAUCAUUCACGAUGGACUAUACACCCACUCGGUCCUUGUCCUGAAGAAGCAAGCCCACGCCACUCCAAAAGCACAGUUUGAGCUCACACAACGAUUCGAUUCAUCGUCAUCCGGCUAUGGUCAUGGCAAGACGCUUGACGCAAAGCGCAGCAUCCUCCACCCAGAUCUCAAAACCAUUCCACACCAACCCCAAGUUCAAGUGAUCGGCAACGGCUUCGUCAAGGCGUUCGAGGGUCUCGAAGAUAUCACGCUCAAGCAUCCACACCACAAGACAUUCCACAAGACGGCAGUCCCAGAAGCAGAGGACCUGGAGUUUACACGAUUCUACCGCUGGCACAUGGAUGCUGCUCUGUAUGAUCUGCAACCACCACGCGUUACUUCGCUCAUGGCUGUUCAAGUACCAAAAGGACGAACGCAGACGUUGCGGUACGAUGAUGGAACGGGAGACGAGCUGCAGGUUCCGCUCGGUACAACGGCAUUCGUAUCUGGAUACACAAUGUAUGAUAUCCUGUCGGAGAGCGACAAGGAGUUUGCGCGGACGACCAAGGUCGAAUAUGCAGCGCACCCUUACAUCUGGAUGUCAAGUGCGAAGUCGAGGUCGACGGGCCUGGGAUUGGAAUCGGAUGGCUUGGAGCUACCAGCGAGCGAACUGCCGGAUGUUGAAGAGUCGAAGAUCAUUAAGCUUCCUAUGUGCUGGAAGAACCCAGUCACAGGGCAGCUCGCUCUACAAGUCCAUCCGUCUGCGGUGCGUAGACUGCAUCUCAGGGAUGGAUCGGUCAUCGGUGACUUGAAGGUAGCACGGGAUAUUGUGUAUCGACUACAGCGACCGGGCAUAGCGCCUGAGCUGGUGUACUGCCAUGAUUGGGAGGAGGGCGACAUGGUCUUGUUUAACAACCAGGGCACCCUUCACAGUGUGGUUGGUGCCUUUGCGCCUGACGAGGUCCGGAUUUUCAGGCAGUGCAACCUCGCGAGCAGCGCACCGCCGAAAGGGCCAGGAGAGGGCGCUUCCGAAGAGGCCUGGACCAAACCGCUGCGCACGUAUGAGCCUACGAAAAGUGCUCAGGCUGCUGAGCAGGCUUGGAUGAAGCCCAUGCGCGCAUAUUAG